UUUGAUUUUUUUUUACUAAAGUAUUUAAAAUCGACAACCAACGACGAAUUCAAACUUCCUUCUUUAUAGUCUUCAGCAACUAAACACAAUAAAUCAAUAUUCUAAAAAAAAUUUGGGAUGUUAAGAAUAUUUUAAAAUCUCUCUUUCCACAAUAUACAUACAUCAUAUUCAUUGUUUUAUUCGUUUUCUUAUAAAUUCUAACCUGGACUUUCUCUUCCAUUAUUCACUUGUCAAAACCGAUUCAAUACAAAAAAAAAUACAUCAAUAAAUUGCAACAAUAAAAAAAUAAAUGAAGUUGGUGAAAUUUGACAAAUUUAGCACCGAGCAAUAAAGGGUACUCAACGUGGUUUGGUUAACCCAACAUAAUGGUUUAGCUGAAAUAGAUGUUUUGGUUUGAUCUCCAAAAGAAAACGGACCAGUUCCAGUUUCAAACGCGCGUUAUAUAAUUGGGGGACUUUUCAACUUAAUUAUAAAUUUAACGUGCAACAAACACAAUCUAUCAGAAGAUUUAUUUAUUUAUUUCAAAUUUCUUCAAAACCAAAAUUUCUUGUAUCGUCCGUUGAGGAGAAACUUCAAACCAACCAAACAGCCAUGAACGAUCUUCUCUCCCGCUCUUUCAACCGCUCCGUAGCCGACGACACAUAGCCGCCUCACUCGCAUACUAUCGAGAUGCCAAAGGCAAAGUACUCAGGCGGGAACAAUCUCGACAAGUUCUUCCUCGACGUGGAGGAGGUGAACAGUGAUCUGAAAGAGCUCGAUCGCCUCUGUCACAGUCUCCAAGUGAGCCACGACAAGAGCAAGACGCUCCACAACGCUAAGGAAGUCAAGGAGUUGAAGGACAAGAUGGACUCUGAUGUGUCUAAGGCGCUCAAGACUGCGAAGCGCGUGAAAGGCAAUCUCCAGGCACUGGAUCGUUCCAAUGAAGUGAACCGGAGUUUACCGGAAAGUGGACCGGGUUCAUCUUCUGACCGGCAAAGGAUGGCGGUGGUUAACGGGUUGAGGAAGAAGCUGAAAGAUGCGAUGGACCAUUUUAUGCGAGUGAGAGAGACUAUCUCGACGGAUUACAGAGACACAAUUCACCGGUUGUACUUCACCGUCACCGGAGAAAAUCCCGACGAGGAUACCGUCGAUCACCUAAUUUCUACAGGAGAAAGCGAAACGUUUUUGCAAAAAGCUAUACAAGAACAAGGCCGGGGUAGGAUUCUGGACACCAUAAACGAGAUACAAGAGAGGCACGACGCAGUGAAAGACAUUGAGAAGAGUUUGAACGAGCUGCAUCAGGUGUUUCUUGACAUGGCCGUCUUGGUUCAGAGCCAGGGUGAACAGCUGGAUACCAUUGAAGACAGCCUCAAACGAACCAAUACAAUUAUCCGGUCCGGUGCAGACCAGCUUGUUAAGGCGCGGUUCUAUCAGAAGAACACGCGUAAGUGGACUUGCUACGCCGUUUUGAUAUUGAUCAUUAUUGUGGUUUUAGUUGUGUUGUUUACGGUUAAACCUUGGGAAAAUAACAAUGGUGGUGGUGGAGGUUCGAACCGUCAAGCCACUCCGGUGCAAGCUCAACCACCUCCAUCGCAAGCCCGACGUCUACUUCGUUAAUUUUUGUUUUGUUUUUAGUUCGCUUGGUCUAUGCAUGGACCUCUUGCUUUGGAGAUUGACUGUUUAUCGUUUUAGUAAUGUUUUUGAUUGGUUCAAGUCCUUGUGUAUAUAUAUAUCUCAUGCGAGCAGUACAUAAAUUAUUUACCUUCUAUAAAUAACUAUAAUGAAAUUUAUCGUGAAAUCUAAUCUAUUAAAAUAGAAGUACCCAUUGAGACUAACCCUUAAACUUACACAAUAUUUACAGUUUAAUGCCACUGAAAUAAUUAAAUGAACCUACUUUUAAGUAAUCUUUGUCUUUUCCAAAAUUGAUGAACUAAUAAUUACUCCUAAUUUUAUGCUUUCCAUGUCUUUUUAAAAAUUAAUAAAAUAUUUUCUAAAUUAAAUUCACAAUCAAAUAAAUAUAAAUCUUUUAACUUAUCUAUAUCAUAUUAAUAUUAUAAACAUUCAUGAAUAUCAAUAAUAUACAAAAAAUAUUUAUGUGACAAUAUAAAUUACAUUUUUGUCUCAUUCUCUCCCACAAUUCACCUUACUCUUCUUUUUUUUUUUGAACAAAUUCUUCUUCUUACCAAUAUAAAUAUAUUACAUGCACCAUUAUAAUUAUUUACAAACUUACCAUAUAUAUAAAAUAAUUUAUUAGACAUUCUCAUAAAAUUUUGAUCCACAAAAAAAAACAAAAUAAAACAUUUGAAUAGAUACAAGGAUCAUAUUCUAAAAAUGGUGGUAAUACAAUUGACGGUUUACGAGAUAAAAUAAAAUUUAAAAAUAUAAACUAUAAAAUUAUUAUGCUUAUAAAUUUUAUUAAAUAAUUAUUUAACGGAUAAAAUUUUAAAAUACAUAUUAUCACUUAGACAAAAUAAAUAUUUAUUUACAAAAAUAAAAUCAAACAUCUGCAAGGUCGUGGUUUAAAUGUACACAAAUUUAAACUCAUUUAUAAGUUCUUAUCGUUACAUCAAAUUUAUAUUUAUAUUUUAUUUUCAAUCUUAAUUUGUAUAUGUUCCAAAUUUCAUAGAAGUUUAACAAUCAUUUUAUUUUUUUACAAAUAUUAUAACUAAUGUUUUAUUUAUAAAUAGCAUACUGAUUCAUAAUUGUCUAUUUUUAUACUUUUUAUUUAAAAAUUUGUUAGCUAUUUAUCUUAGACAUGGAUAUUAUUAUAUAAAUAUUAGAUUUUUUAUAUAAUACCUAAUAUCGGUGAUACAUUUUACGCUAAAAUAUAAAAUUAAGUACAA